AUGAGAUUUUCACAUUUCUUGAAAUAUAACGCUGUGCCGGAAUGGCAGAGCCAUUAUAUGGACUACAGUGACCUGAAAAACCUUAUUUAUACACUGCAGACAGAUGAGCUUCAAGCUGGUGAUAACGAAGACGGGUUAUCUGGGGCUGGUAAGAGCCCCACCAUUGCUGGUAGGUUCAAAAAUAAGUUCUCGUUCAAAAAUGGCAAGGAGGAUGCUCCCUCCGGCAUCAACAAAGAUGCGGGCAUCGUAGAGGAAACCAUCGAACUGCGGGAGCUGCCCAAGGUGCCCACGAGUGGUGCCAAAUCUUCGGGACCCUUCAGGAGGAUGAAGGAGAAGAUAUUCGACAAGAGAAGGUCUUCCUCUGUGUCCUCUGCCUCUUCCACCACUAACGAAACGCCGGAAUUGGACACCUACCACACGUUCGUUACUGAUUUAACAGGGGAGAAGCUAAAAGUGGACGAUUUCUAUAAGAGGACUGAAGCAAAGUUCUACGAGAAAUUCGACGCCUUGGUGAAGGACCUGAAGAAAAUCGGCGUGAUAGAAUAUGAUGUCGACGAAGACACUCUCUUCAGCGAACCGGCCGCAAACGGAAACGCAAACGAAGAGCUUUCUCCACAGGACCUGGAUGACGAUGAAGAAGACGACGACGAGUUCUACGAUAACCAAUCCAACACCGAGGACAACACUGCAUUGUUGCACCAUUCGCAAUAUAACAUCAAGUCUCAGAAGAGAUCUCUGUUGAAGAAGUCCAUCGUGAACCUGUACAUCGAUCUGUGCCAACUGAAGUCGUUCAUCGAGUUGAACCGUAUUGGGUUUGCUAAAAUCACCAAGAAAUCAGACAAGGUUCUUCGUUUGAACACAAGGGUGGAGCUAAUCGAAUCUGAGCAGUUCUUCAAAGAUGCGUACGCAUUCCAAGCAGACACUCUUGCAACAUUGAACUCCAAGAUAUCUGAACUGGUUACUUUCUAUGCCGCCAUCACGGAUCAACCCCACAACAUCCCUCACAGCAAGCAAGAACUGAAGUCCUACUUGCACGACCACAUCGUUUGGGAAAGAAGUAAUACCUGGAAGGACAUGUUGGGCCUACUGUCUCAAACGGACGAAUUGACGCCGAAAGAAAAGGAGUACAACGCAAUCAAGCUGGUGGGCAAGCUGGAUCUGGAAUACUACAGAUGGCCGCUCCCUAAACCGAUAAACCUGAAAUUUACCACCAUAAACAACUUCACAAUACCUAAAUUAUUUUUCACCAGGAAAGCGUACAAAAUUUACUUCAUCAUCCUGGUUACGGGACUUCUCUUGGGUAUAAAGACCUUCAAUGACCCUGCUCAACACCGUUGUAUGGCCCUUGUCGAGUGUGUUGCUUUCCUGUGGGCUAGUGAAGCCAUCCCACUACACAUCACUGCAUUCCUCGUGCCACUACUGGCGGUUCUUUUCAAGGUCUUAAAGACCUCCGACGGCUCUAUCAUGGGUGCUGCUAGCGCGUCAUCCGAAAUUCUGGCUGCCAUGUGGUCCUCUACUAUUAUGAUUUUGUUGGCCGGUUUCACUCUGGGUGAAGUUCUUGCACAAUAUAAUAUCGCCAAAGUUCUCGCCUCAUGGUUAUUGGCCUUUGCCGGCUGUAAACCAAGAAAUGUUCUUCUCAUGGCAAUGUGUGUUGUGUUCUUCUUAUCAAUGUGGAUUUCCAACGUCGCUGCCCCAGUUCUUACGUACUCAUUGCUAUCGCCCCUGUUGGACACUAUGGAUGCCGAUAGCCCAUUCGCCCAGGCAUUGGUCCUAGGUGUAGCAUUAGGUGCUAACAUUGGUGGUAUGGCUUCUCCAAUUUCGUCACCACAGAAUAUCAUCUCCAUGGCAUACUUGAAACCCUACGGUAUUGGCUGGGGUCAAUUCUUCGCUGUUGCGUUGCCAUCGGGAAUAUUAGCCAUGCUUUUGGCUUGGAUCUUACUGUUUACGUCUUUCAAAAUGAAUAAGACCAAAUUGGAAAAGUUUGAGCCGAUAAGGACAAAAUUCACCAUUAAACAAUACUACAUUAUCGCUGUCACCGUCGCUACCAUCCUGCUAUGGUGUGUGGAAAGCCAGAUUGAAGGCGCGUUUGGAUCUUCAGGUCAAAUUGCCAUCAUCCCGAUUGUUUUGUUUUUUGGUACUGGGUUACUAUCCACACAAGAUUUGAAUGCUUUCCCAUGGUCAAUUGUCAUUUUAGCAAUGGGAGGCAUUGCUUUGGGGAAAGCCGUCUCAUCGUCAGGGUUAUUGUCUACUAUUGCAAGAGCAUUACAAAAGAAAAUUGAGAAUGAUGGUGUUUUUGCAAUUUUAUGUAUUUUUGGUAUCUUGAUGUUAGUCGUGGGUACCUUUGUUUCACAUACAGUCUCCGCUAUCAUCAUCAUUCCAUUAGUAAAAGAAGUCGGAGAUAAGCUUGAUAAUCCCAAGGCUGCCCCUAUCCUGGUCUUUGGCUGUGCAUUAUUGUCAUCUUGCGGUAUGGGGUUAGCGUCUUCCGGAUUCCCUAACGUUACCGCCAUUUCUAAAGUGGAUAGGAAGGGUGACCGAUAUUUAAGUGUCAUGACGUUCUUGACAAGAGGUGUCCCAGCUUCAAUUUUGGCCUUCCUGUGUAUUAUUACGCUUGGUUAUGGUAUCAUGGCAUCUGUCCUUAAGGGUACCGCUACCUCUGGAUAA